CUGGGCCUUCAGUUGCGCGUGUUACACGUUGAACAACGGUAAGGCUUGAGCGUCUUCUGUUUUAGAAAACGCUGCCAGUAUACGUUGAGAGCCUUCGGUAGUUAUUUCGUCAUAACUAGUUGUGAGAAAGGAAAAGCGAAAAUGCAUUCCGAGAGCAGUAUCGCUGAUUUCUUCGCGGACAGGUCGGUUUUCAUUACCGGGUCGACGGGGUUUGUGGGUAAAGUGCUAGUUGAGAAGUUGCUUCGCGCGUGCCCGAAAAUCAAGCGUCUCUACCUGCUGAUGCGAACUUCUUCGAGUAAAGAUAUUGCGACACGCCGAAGAGAGUUGAUCAACAAUCAGGUGUUCGCCUGGUUGGACCAACCAAGUGCGCUGGACAAAAUUGUCGCCAUCGCAGGAGACAUGACUUUACCAGGACUAGGGAUUUCUGCUUCCGAUAUGCAAUUACUCGUAGACGAAGUUUCGAUCGUCUUCAAUUCUGCUGCCAGUGUGAGGUUCGAUCAUGAAUUGAAGGAUGCACUAGAAACUAACGUGAAAGGACCAAGGCAACUGCUGGCUAUAUGUCAGAAAAUGAAAAAGCUUGAGGCCUUUGUUCAUGUUUCAACGGCUUUCAAUAACCUAGAUAAGGAUGUCGUUGGCGAAAUGAUCUAUCCGUCCCAUAUGGAUCCGAUUAAAUUGCUUAACUUUCUGGAGAGCAUUGAUGGAGAUUUCACAAGGAGCAUCACAACACAAUUACUAGGCAAAUCAAACCCAAAUACAUACACAUUCUCAAAAUCCCUGGCUGAACAGAUUCUAGAAAGGGAACGAUUUAAUGUUCCGCUGGCCAUCGUUCGUCCUUCUAUCGUAACAGCUGCCGCUAAAGAACCUACUCCGGGAUGGAUCGACUCGCUAUACGGCCCGACUGGUCUUAUUGCGGGUGGGGCAAAAGGUUUCCUCCGGCUCUUUAAGUGCGAUGCUAGUUGUGUCAUCGAUCUAAUUCCAGUUGACUACGCUGUCAACCUUAUGAUAGCAGUUGCCUGGCAUCAAGCAAUAACCAAGCCUUCGCAACUUACCAUCUAUACAUCUUCUACGAGCUAUCACAAUCCAAUUACUAUCCAACAGCUCAGAUUGUUAUCGGAAGAUGCCGUUAUUAAAUACCCACCGAAAGAGAUGAUGUGGUGCCCAAGCGGAGAGUGUACCAAUCGUGACUGGUAUUUCCGGAUCAACGUUUUUUUCACUCAUUACCUCCCAGCCUACUGCCUUGAUUUCAUCAGUCAACUGUCCGGCAAACGUGCUAAAAUGGUCAAGUUGUAUGAAAGAGUAUUUAAAGCGACUUCAAGCUUAGGUUUCUUCAAUAGCCACCAAUGGCAAUUCGUGAGUGAAAACUCGUUGAAAAUUCGGUCCAAAAUGUCGGCAAGUGAUCAACACAUGUUCGAUUUUGAUGUCCGUCAAUUGAAUUGGCGAACAUACUUCGAGACUUACGUUCAAGGCAUUCGACAGUUUAUCCUGAAAGAUGAUCCUAGUACUCUACCACAAGCCAGGAAACUUCUCGUCAGGAUGUACCUCCUCAAGUUAUUCAUCCGCUCUUUGGUGUCGAUCUGUUUCGUACUUUCAGUUAUAAGUAAAACAAGACACCUUUUCCAGAGCCCCAUUUCGUCUUUAUUGUAAAUCUUGCAUUCGUAGAAGGAUAUCUUGAUGUGCAAAUAUUCAUUACUUUCUCCUCGAAGGUAGAUAUAUCUAAAGUUAAUGAAGUUUAAAUCAAGGUAAAUUCUCAUACAUGAAUACGAAAAAUUUGGCUGUUUAGCUAUUAAUACAUGCAUAUAUCGUAGCAA